CUACGGUUGACGGUAGAGGAAAAAAAAUACUCGCGCUAACCAAAAUAACGGUAAUAAUUUUCAAAAAAGGAAUAUAUUAUUUUUCAGUGUACGUAUUUGUGAAUUAUGGUGUGUUGCGUUUUUCAAUAAAUGAUUAUUAAUUAUCGAAAUAAAAUGGAUCUCAGUUAUGUCGUACAGACUAUUUUGAAAAUCAUUAUUUCGACGUCAGCUAUCUUAAUACUUUGUACGUUCGAAUUUCCCACAAUUCAUGGGGCCGCCCUUAUGGGAGAGGGUAAUGGAAAAGUGAGAAACUUGACGAACGUCUCGGCCCCUUAUUACGAUUACGAAUUUACGGAUAGUCAAGAACUAGAAGAAGAAUUCGAACCUGAAUCGUCACAACAUAGUAGAUCCGAAUCGGAAGACAUCCCCGAUCCUUCUCCAUUAGUUUCACCAGGUUAUAAUCUACCUGACAAUAUAUUUAAUCAAGGUAAACCGUUUUACGGCGAGAAAGACCCUUCGACCGGUAAUAUCGAGUUCAAACCGAAAUUAUCGACAACAAACAGCGAAGAAGAUUCAUACGAUUACGUAGACGACGAACCCAACAUAGAUCGAAAAGACACAAACUUCGGCAGUCAUAGACCCAACGACGUAAACCAAUUGAUACCGAAUUUCCACGAUUUUUUGAAUUUGCCGGUAAAAUACAAUUCGGCCAAGUACGUCUACCCUUUAAUAUCGAGUUCCUACGCCAGCACCAAAUACCAAGGGAGCCUAAACAAAUUACACAACCACAAAGAUUACCCGAGCAAAUCGACAACCAAAAAACCGUACGCGAACCCCACUUACCACUCCACCGAGAAAUACUUCAAAGUAACUUAUAGUACAACAACCCCGACAACCACCACGACCCAAAAAACAACGACGACAACCACAAAACCAACCGAAACCACCAAAGUCGUUAAUCUAUUAGAUACCGGAAUGGGCGUCGAUUUUUCCGGCGAUUUCGAAGAUUAUUACGACACAACUAUGGAAACUACCAGUAAAAAAACUAUAAGUACUACACCGGUUAGUACCACCACCACCACCACCACCACGAAGAAAACAUUGAGUUUAUUCGAACAAUUAUUCGGCGAAUUCGACGAAACUACCAAAAUAUACAGUCAACAACCCCAAAAGGUACCAGCACCCACCGAACCGUAUCCGAACUACGAUUACGAAGACACCGACGAUAAUAUAGCGGUAGAAAGUAGACCAGAAGAAGAUUUUAACGUGGAAACGUUAACGACUGUUAAACCGAUCGAUUUGACGACGGAUUAUACCGAAGAAACGACGUCGAAAGUAACGUCUUUGCCUUUAGGAGACAACCAUCUGACGACGACCGAUUACGAACCGUUCAAAAAUCGCGAACCGAUCAUAGUGGCGACGCAGAAUUUGAGAGAAAAAUUGAACGGAGAAAAAGUGGCGCCGAAUCGCAACAACGUCCACAUACCCCACGGACAAGACACGGUUUCGUUGGUACUAGGAAACCGACAGAACCUCGACGGCGGUUAUUACGGUACCGCCGUUAAAGAACACCCCUACGACGCUAAUCCUUUCAGACCUUAUUACGGUACGAGGAACGAAAACGACAAGGAGAUCACCUUGAAAGGCAGCAUUUCCUUUCCUUCGGAAUCGGAAGCUUCUCUGGCCAUCGGAGUACCCGUCGGUACGAAUAAACAAACGCCCGGACAAGUGCUCGACGAAAAACUCGAUCCGGACGCUGAUUCGGAAAAGCGAAAGAAUAAAAUCGUUUUCCCGUUCGAUAAUCGGGAUUUGGUACCGCCGCCGCCGGCGAGAGAAUCGAUAACGACGGCGAAUAAUCGAGAAGUUUUGCAAUUGAAUUCGAGUCCGUUACUUCACCAAUUACCCAGCGAUCUGACGCCUCCUAGAGAACAGGAAGCUUCGAAGAGACCUUACAACGGAAGACCGCCGUGGGAUCCGAGACCGGGACAUUUUCAUAGCGGCAAUCCCGAGUAUAAUCGUCCGCCCCGUCCGCACUCCGAUACCGCCUACAAACGCAUAGACAAUUUGCCUAAUAUUUUACCGCAAUUUCGACCGAAUACUAGUAAAUACCCACAAAAUUACCACGACAAAAAAUUGAAUCGUCAACCUUUAUUGGAUAGACCGUCGAAUAGGCCGAUCAGUUUUUUUGAAAAAUUGCAACCGCCUCCUCCGCCUCCGCCCAACUUUCUCGCGCAUAAAAAUAUACCGGCGUCGAGGAACAAAAACGCGCCGCCGGUUAGAGCGAAUUUGGAAGAGAAUUUAGGGAAACAUUCCGAGGAUGGAGUGGUGAGCGAAGAUCAGCCCGGUAUGUAUCAAACUCCCCCCCAAGUGAAAUUGGCGAACCGAAGGGCCGAUUCUGACGUAACCGAAAUCGAAACUUUGCAAAUGAUACAAGCGAAAACUGCCGAAAAAAGAAAUAAGGACGUUUUAUCUCGAAAACCGAUAAUUAACGGCGUAAAAUCCGAUUUUGACGAUAAUACGGAAAAAACAAUUUAUAAAGUGUAUCCCGUCAAUUCUUCUCCAGUCAAAAUGGACGUUAUUGAUGAUAACAAUAAAAAAGAAAGCGUCGUCAUAGGAACCGUUUCCGAACGACCGUUGCCGCCUUCGAAAAUCAAUCAAGAUUUCGAAAUAAUUUUCGAUCCUAAAGAUCGAAACGACGAUCCCAUAUUGAAACCCCAUAAACCAGCGAUUUUUCCCAUUAAAUCCGAUUUUCCUUAUCCGUUGGAACGGCCGGGAUUCGAAUCGAAUUUGAAUUUAAUUCCGGUUCCGGAAACGCCCACGAAAAUCGAUAUCGAUUUAGAUGAUCGCGAUUAUUUUUCGAAUAAUCAAUGGAAUACCAUCGAUGUCUACGAACCGAAAAUUGUUAAUGGACAAAAAAUAACCGGAAUCAAUCAAAUUUCAGUUACUUUAAAAACACACACCGACAAACCAAUAGCCGUGGCUUAUACACCGACAGAACCGAAUCCGGUAACGAAUAAAUACUCGAUGCCUAAUUACGGUUCGCCCGUUAUACCGGAAAUACGACCGAGCGAAACGAACAAAGUUUACACCGUGAGUGCAAUCAUGCACACCAACCAUCAAAAUGGCGUCGUUAAUAAUCCUAUAAAUAGAAUGGACGUAAUUUCGAAUCACAAAACUGACGUAGAUCUUCCCGAAUAUCCCAAAUUUGAAUUCGAAGCUCCAUUUCAGGCUAGUGUUAAAAUCGACAAUACGAUGUCGGACGCUCAAGGUUGGUCGAUAGUACGAACCAAAAACUUCACUUCGACGGAAGCGGCCGAAGAAACAACGUUGCCAUAUGCGACGACUAGUGAAUUCGAUAUCGAAAAUUUUAAACCGCAACUAGAAGGUGGCUUCAAACCGAUUCUCAAUUUUCCAGAGGAUGAAAAAAAAUUUAUCGAAACAAAGGUUAACGAUAGAGACGAAUGAAUUUAAAGGAAAAUCGAUAGUGUAGAUAGUAAAUUUCUUUUUGUAUACAAUCAAUGACGUAAUUUCCGGUAUCUCUCAUAAAUAGUUGGAUAUAAAAUGGCGGCCAUAUUGGAAUUUUUUCACGCCAAUAAUCUUCUUAGUAGAUAUUAUUCAUUACAGUGUUGUCAGAUUUAGAAAAAUUUCUUGUAUAUGAGAGAUUUUGAAUAUAGAAUGAGUAGAUCGGUGAUUACAGUGUUGUCAGAUUUGAAAAAAUUUCUUCAAUUCCAAUAAUUUUAUAUUUAUGAAAAUUAAUUGUAUUGAAAGUGCGAAAGAUUUGAAAGAUUUUUGUGAGUUAAAGGAAAAGUCUGGCAACACUGGUUGAUUGUAUACGUAAUAAUUUUGGUGAUAGGUGGGACACGUGACAUUUUUAUUUCAAUUAAUACGCGAUUUAGUGCAAUAAAAAUGUCGAUAAUUUAUUAAAUCGAUGAAAAAUGUAUAAUUUAUAAUAAUUUCGGACGUUCCUACGGAUAUUUAUUAGUGUAAGUAUUUGAGGUUAUGUUACAAUAAUAUUAAUUUAAAAAAAAUAUCAGAUACAUUAAAAAACGAUUCAAUUAUUUUUUUUUCAGUUAAUUAUAGUUAAAAUUUUGAAAUUAUUAAAAUUUUGAG